GUUCCAUUUAAGGCCCCUCCUGCAUUCAGCUUCGAGUGCUGGAGCCGCUGCCGCCGAGCCCGGGUCCCAUUACCGAGCGCCCCCCACGCCUGUCCGACUUGCACUCCCGAUUCCUUUUGGUUCCAGGUCCAAAAUGGCAGCUCUCAAGGAUCAGCUGAUUCACAACCUUCUGAAGGAAGAACAUGUCCCCCAAAAUAAGAUCACAGUGGUGGGGGUUGGUGCUGUGGGCAUGGCCUGUGCCAUCAGUAUCUUAAUGAAGGACUUGGCUGAUGAACUUGCUCUUGUUGACGUCAUGGAAGAUAAACUGAAGGGAGAGAUGAUGGAUCUCCAACAUGGCAGCCUUUUCCUUAGAACCCCCAAAAUUGUCUCUGGCAAGGACUACAGUGUGACGGCCAACUCCAAGCUGGUGAUCAUCACAGCUGGGGCACGGCAGCAAGAGGGAGAAAGCCGUCUGAACCUGGUCCAGCGUAACGUGAACAUCUUCAAAUUCAUCAUUCCUAAUGUUGUCAAGUACAGCCCCAACUGCAAGUUGCUUGUUGUUUCCAAUCCAGUGGAUAUCCUGACCUAUGUGGCCUGGAAGAUAAGUGGCUUUCCCAAAAACCGUGUGAUUGGAAGUGGUUGCAAUCUGGAUUCAGCUCGCUUCCGUUACCUGAUGGGGGAAAGGCUGGGAGUUCACCCGCUGAGCUGUCACGGCUGGAUCCUUGGCGAGCAUGGAGAUUCAAGUGUGCCUGUGUGGAGCGGCAUGAAUGUUGCUGGUGUCUCCCUGAAGACUCUGCACCCAGAGCUGGGCACCGAUGCAGACAAGGAACAGUGGAAACAGGUUCACAAGCAAGUGGUAGACAGUGCUUACGAGGUGAUCAAGCUGAAGGGCUACACGUCCUGGGCCAUUGGACUGUCUGUGGCAGAUCUGGCAGAGAGCAUAAUGAAGAAUCUCAGGAGGGUGCAUCCGAUUUCCACCAUGAUUAAGGGGCUCUAUGGGAUAAAGGAGGAUGUCUUCCUUAGUGUUCCUUGCGUCCUGGGACAAAAUGGGAUCUCCGACGUUGUGAAGGUGACCCUGAGCUCUGAAGAAGAGGCCCACUUGAAGAAGAGCGCGGACACGCUUUGGGGAAUCCAAAAAGAGCUGCAGUUUUAAAGUCUUCGGAUAAUGUCCUACCACUUCACUGUCUAGGCUACAACAGGGUUUUAGUUGGAGGUUGUGCAUGUGGUCCUUUUUAAUCUGAUCCAUGAUUAAAGCAGUGAGAUCAUGAUGGCCUAGAGAGGGAAAAAACCAUCAGUUUCCUAAAAUUAGAAAUAGAAUGGUUUACAAAAUCCGACAGCUACAUCCAGGUACUGGGUGACACUGACUGUGUCAUCCUGAGCUGGGCAGCCCAAGAUAUAGUUCGCCACCUCUGAGGUGCCACUGCCUGUGUUGCACGAGCUCCAGUUGCCCUUCCGACUAGACGUGCGUUUACUGUGUGCUACGUAACUUCUGGUCCCUUCACCAAACGUGCUUAGUCCAACUUUUUUUUCCCAGUCAGUCACAACCUGGGAUCCAAUAUUGUAUAAACUCAGUAUUGCAUGUCUUGUGCAUAACUGUUCUAAAGGAUCUUAUUUUGUGUAUUGUAUGUAUGAAUAGUGUACACUGCACAUAAUGUAAAAAGAAAGAUCUACAUAUAGCAAUGCAACCAGCUAUCCAUGUGUCAUACCAACUAAAUCACCAAAUAAACCUUGAACAGUGACUGCUCUCUUGUUUUAUUAUUA